CAUAGAGCCAGCGGGCGCAGGCGGGACGGGCGCCCCGCGGCCAGACCCAGCCAGGGCACCACGCUGCCCGGCCUUGCGCCGGCAGGCACCUCUUCCUGGGACUCCUGGGGACGCCAGAAGAAAGUCAACCCUUGCUGCUUCUUCUUGACCUGCGUUGGAGCUACGAUUUUUUUUUCUUUCUCUCUUUACUUUUGAAUGAACUGGUUUCUUGGCUGGACGUUUCAACUUCUUUCCUGCCUGUGAACUUUUCCCCGGUUGUUUCCUUUGACAACUGCAGGAGAAAGUGUGCUGUGCUUCGAGGCGAGCCGUGAAGUUGCGUGUGCGUGGCAGUGUGCGUGGGAGUGUGACUGCGUGUGUAAUUCGAGCCACCCCGUCUGUUUCGAUCUGCGCUGCGGAGCCUCCUCUCAAGGCCCGCUCCACCUGCUGCGGUUACGCGGUGAUCGUAGGUAUAGGCGCGCCCGGGCAUUUAACCGGCCGGCGCUGGGGCGACGUUGGAGGAAGAUCAUCUCGCUACUGCCCAAGUAGGGCUGACUCACCGAGUCGAUGUAGACAGUGGCUGGCUUCGGAAGAGUGCGUGUCUGCGUGCGUGUGACUCGGCUGCUGCUCAACUCCCACCAACCACAGGAUCAGCCACAAACUUAACCAACAUCCCCAAAACCGAGUUCUCAGAUGUGGAGAGCUGUACUUUGAGUGUCAUCGACUUGGACUUUUUUUUUUUUUUAAAGAUUAGCUUUUCUUUGAAAAGCUGAAUUUUCUGAACUGAGCAUUUCGCCAGAAUUUAUUAAGAGAACAUGACAAGUAUUUCUAGCCCAGCCCUUCUUCAACUACUGAAGCUUAUUUUCAAGGCUACUUAAAAAAAAAAAUCAGCAGCGAACAUUAAUGGAUUUCUGUUGUGUUUAAAUUCUCUACAGAUUGAAUUGUAAAUAUUUUAUGAAGUAGAGCAUAUGUAUAUAUUUAUAUAUACGUGCACAUACAUUAGUAGCAUGACCUUUGGAAGUCGCAGUUCUUGCUUUUGAGGACCGAAGCCAGUUUUGCAUGAUGAAAGUGGCUCUGUGUAUGGAAGACACUCGUAUAUUUUGUGUUGUACUGGGACUUUAGACAAAACUCACCUAAAAAAAAAAAAAAAAAAAAAAACAGGCGAUUUACUACUGGAACUUCCAAAUUAUGUAUUUGCUGGUCCUUUUGCUCUCUGUAUAAAUAUUUUAGGAAGUGUAUGGGAAUUUUGCCUCCGGGAAUUUUUUUUUUUUUUUUUAACAGCCAAAAACUGAAGUUAAACUCUCAAAGCAAGACUCAGAAGACAGUCUCCCUCGGCAUUUGACUUUGGAUUCUAGUCGCCCAAUUUUUAAAGCAUUAAGCGGUCGGUUGCUAGGAGCCCUGCCGGGUCUGAGGCUGACCGGCAUCACAGAACUUUCCCCCUCCUGGACUGUUAGUAACUUAGUCUCCCACCUCCCCCCAGUCCCCCUCCCCCCGCGCAGCAAUAAAGGCCCCUGAACUUGUAUGUUGGUCUCCCUGGAGCUACUCGCCGAAGAUCCGCGCCCCUGUCGCCGUCUGGUAGGAGCUGUUUGCAGGGUCCUAACUCAAUCGGCUUGUUGUGAUGCGUAUCCCCGUAGAUGCCAGCACGAGCCGCCGCUUCACGCCGCCUUCCACCGCGCUGAGCCCGGGCAAGAUGAGCGAGGCGCUGCCGCUGGGCGCCCCGGACGCCGGCGCCGCCCUGGCCGGCAAGCUGAGGAGCGGCGACCGCAGCAUGGUGGAGGUGCUGGCCGACCACCCCGGCGAGCUGGUGCGCACCGACAGCCCCAACUUCCUCUGCUCCGUGCUGCCCACGCACUGGCGCUGCAACAAGACCCUGCCCAUCGCUUUCAAGGUGGUGGCUCUGGGGGAUGUCCCCGAUGGCACUCUGGUCACUGUGAUGGCGGGCAACGAUGAAAAUUACUCAGCUGAACUGAGAAAUGCCACCGCAGCCAUGAAAAACCAAGUUGCGAGAUUCAAUGACCUCAGGUUUGUCGGUCGGAGUGGAAGAGGGAAAAGCUUCACUCUGACCAUCACCGUCUUCACAAAUCCACCGCAAGUUGCCACUUACCACAGAGCCAUCAAAAUCACAGUGGAUGGACCCCGAGAACCUCGAAGACAUCGUCAGAAACUAGAUGAUCAGACCAAGCCCGGGAGCUUGUCCUUUUCUGAGCGGCUCAGUGAGCUGGAGCAGCUGCGGCGAACGGCCAUGAGGGUCAGCCCACACCACCCAGCCCCCACACCCAACCCUCGGGCCUCCUUGAACCACUCCACUGCCUUUAACCCUCAGCCUCAGAGUCAGAUGCAGGACACAAGGCAGAUCCAGCCAUCCCCACCGUGGUCCUAUGAUCAGUCCUACCAAUACCUGGGAUCGAUCGCCUCACCUUCUGUACACCCAGCAACACCCAUCUCACCUGGACGGGCCAGUGGCAUGACAACCCUCUCUGCAGAGCUUUCCAGUCGACUCACAACGGCCCCCGACCUGACGGCCUUCGGCGACCCGCGCCAGUUCCCCGCGCUGCCCUCCAUCUCAGACCCUCGCAUGCACUACCCCGGCGCCUUCACCUACUCCCCGACGCCCGUCACGUCGGGCAUCGGCAUCGGCAUGUCGGCCAUGAGCUCGGCCACGCGCUACCAUACAUACCUACCGCCGCCCUACCCCGGCUCGUCGCAGGCACAGGGCGGCCCCUUCCAGGCCAGCUCACCCUCCUACCAUCUGUACUACGGCGCCUCAGCCGGCUCCUACCAGUUCUCCAUGGUGGGCGGCGAGCGCUCGCCGCCGCGCAUCCUGCCGCCGUGCACCAACGCCUCCACCGGCUCCGCACUGCUCAACCCCAGCCUCCCGAACCAGAGCGACGUGGUAGAGGCUGAGGGCAGCCACAGCAACUCGCCCACCAACAUGGCGCCCGCCGCGCGCCUCGAGGAGGCCGUGUGGCGGCCCUACUGAGGGCCUCGCGGCGGCCGGGCGACAGAAGCGCGCCUGCCCAGGCCCAGCCCUCGCCGGGGAGAGCCCGCGAACGCGGGGUCCGCGGCCGGCGCUGGGGAGGGGGCGGGCCCCUGCGAACUGGGUUCUGGGAUCUAGCUCCGGUCUGCGCCCCCCCUAGGCCCUAGGGCCGCCUAGCCCCCCGAGGCCGUACGGAGCGCCUGAGCGCCGUCACCGUGGGCCUGGCUCACCUUUUCCGAAGCUUGACCCAACCUGAGGGUGUCCGUCUCGCCACCACGCGGACGCGUCGUAAGGCAAACAGGAAGAUUCCCAGAGGGAAACUGUGAAUGCUUCUGAUUUAGCGAUGCUGUGAAUAAAAGAAAGAUUUUAUACCCUUGACUUCACUUUUUAACCAAGUUGUUUAUUCCAAAGAGUGGAAUUUUGGUUUGGGAGGGUGCAACUCCUCUUGUUUGGUAUCUAAUUCAUAUUUUUUAAUUUUCUUUUCCAGCACCUUAUGAAUUGCAAAAUUCGUAUUUGCAUUUGGGGUGGUUUUUAUUUUUAUAUAUAUAUAAAUUUGAGCUUGCUUCUUUCUUGCUUUGACAAUUGAAAGAAAUAUGAUUCCUUUUUCUGUAAGUUUUAUUUAACUUUUCUUUUGGACUUUGGUGUAGUUGUUUUUUUUGAGAAACAGCUACAGCUUUGGGUCAUUUUCAACUACUGUAUUCCCACAAGGAAUCCCUAGAUAUUUAUGUAUCUUGUUGUUUAGACACUUACUUAUGUGUUGAUACUUUUUUUAUUAUUUAAAUGUACUUAUAUUAAGAAGAAAAAUAUCAAGUACUACAUUUUUGUUUUUGAUAGUAGCCAAAGUUAAAUGUAUCACAUUGAAGAAGGCUGGAAAAAAAGGAUGGGCAAUGUGAUGACUUGGUUAUCUAAAUAUUGUUUACAUUAAACUCCCUUUCAUGUUAAUCAAACGAGUUGGUAGCUAAUGCAGCAAUCUUUUUAAUAUGCUUUUUAGAUACUGAGGGUCACUUGAAGGAUCUGAAGUAUGGAAUUUUCUGCCAAGCUCAACAAAGGGUCUCAUAUCUGACUCCCUCCCUUCAAACAGAGAAGGUCAAGUCUGGUUCCAGGAGGUUCAGAUAGAUGCCAAUGAUUGCACCUCUGGAGAGGAUUUAUUUUCUGCCUAGGGGUUUGCUUCCUCCAUGGGCUCUUGAUAAUUUCAGACAUGCUUUGUAACCAUUGAAUCCAAAGUAAGCUAUGUGGAAGAGCAAUAUCCACAUGGGAACCGAAUGAACGGAUUUAUGGGUUCUUUAACUGCUCCCUUCUGGGGGAGUAAGGAGAUGAUCUGAAUCCAGAAUUCAGAUUUUUUAGCUCCAAGAAAAUACUCCUAUUUGAUACAGUACCUGUUCAUUGAUGCAGAACAAAACUUGUGGCUGUCCCCCAAGGCUGGGAGUAGAAGAAACUAGACCUGGUGCUUUUGAUGCCUGAAAGUCUCCAGCUCAGUUUUCAUAGGGUGGGCUCAGAAGCAGAGCUGAACAGGACAGUUUACAUCUGUGUGCCUCCAUGGUGUCACAUGGGAAAGUACUGUCCCACCUGUGCCGGACUCCAUCCCAUGCUGCUCAUUCAGCACCCAACUUUGCAUUGCUUUCACCAGGCUGAGACCCUACCUAAUGGGGUGUGUGCACUUUUAUGCGUGCAUCUGCAUGACAGGAAAGAUUCAUGUCACUGCUGCCCAUGGCUACAAUUCAAAAGUAUCCAAUGUCACUGUAAAUUUUAUGGCACUAUUUUUGUUGGAGAAUUUGGUCAGAAUGCAGUUGUACAACUCAUAAAUACUAACUGCUGAUUUUGACAUAUAUGUGCUCAAAAUGAUCUGGUUGUUAUUUAAUGUACCUCUUAAAUUAGUUGAAAUGAUUUCAGGUCAACUCUGAAGAGUAUUUGAAAGCAGGACUUCAGAACAGUGUUUGAUUUUUAUUUUAUAAAUUUAAGGAUUCAAAUUAGAAAGAUCUUUGGCUGCAGGCAGCAAAACAGCUGGUCUUAUUUAAAGCAACUUGUUUUUGAGUUUUCUUAUAUAUAUAUAUUGAUUAUUUGUUUUACACAGAUGCAGUAGCACUUUGGUAAGAAUUAAAAUGUAAAACAGUUUGUGUUGUCAGUCAGGUCAUUCUUAUCUAGAAAAGAGCUAAAACAGAUCUUGGAGAAACUCAGAGUAUAUUCACUUUCAUUUUAGACAUGAUUCUCUCUCCAUGAUUCAAUUUGAUGUUUCAUUCUAUAUUACAUUUUUGCAGCAAAAUUACCCUUAAAUGUCAGUAAAUUGAAAAUUUUUAUUUUUGAAAAGGACCUUUGGUCCCUUGACCCCAAAUCGAACCUAAGUGUUCUUUUCAGCACAUGUUGCCAUAUCUGACCUGACAAAACGAUGGGGGAAAAUGAAGGAAAAAAAAUUAUAUUUUCCAGUUCAUUUCUGGUACCUGAAGAUAUUCCAGCUCAAAACCAGCCUAAUGCCCUGGAAGGGGAUCAGACAGUGCUUCACAUUGAAUCUUCACUCUCAAAGACAUGUAUGAUGAGGGCUUGUCACUUUGUUGGAGACCCACUGGUCUGGCCAGUCAAGGGUUUCACAGACCCUUACCAGCAUAUGUAGUACUUAAUCAUCCCAGAAAAAAUUAAAUAAAACUUCAGUUGUUUUGGAGAUAGGCCUCAUGUCACACUUAAUGCUUUUUUCCUCCCUGGAGAAAUAGCAUUCAUUGCCUUCAGGUAAAUUAAGGUGGUCCUUCAAUCAAGGAGACCUUUAAGCCAAUAAUGUAAUAACUGGAUGUAUCUGGGAGCAUUGGUCCAAGAGAAGAAAGACUAAAUAAGCCAUUUCUACUGCUUGUUCAUGCCUUUAUUUAUGUCAACAUGGACAUGUAUUUUAAUUCUUUUUGGUUUUCUUGCUAUAUUUCUUAUAUGACUUAUAUUUCUUAUAUGACUUACAUUUCUUUCUUUCUCUGACCCCCUAAUAUCUCCCUCUGUUUCUCUUCCCUUCCCUCCACCAAGCCUCUCCUCCCUCCUCCAUUCUCUCGCUUUAUAUAAGGAGACAGCACACACACACCCCCAACUUCACACCAAAUGUCCAGAACACGAGGAGCUGCAGGUCUCCUCCCUUUACAUAAAGGAGCAUGGUGAGUCAGCCUUUCUCCUGCUCGUUGUGGGUUUCUUCCAGCAGAACAGAGACAUUGCCAACCAUUUUGGAUCUGCUUGCUGUCCAAGUGCAGCAACAGAAGCCUUCCUGGACAAAUUACAAUCAGUGAGUUAAUAGACAGCCUUUCUGCUGCCUCGCCAUUUCUGUGCAGAUAAACAGAAAUGCUCUGAUUGGAAAGGAAAUGAAUGGUUUCACUCAAAUGUCCUACAAUUUAGGAUUGCAGGUUUCUGUCCUGAAAGACCUGCUUCCUUAGGACAUUCCGUCCUGGUGAUUUUUGUUUCUGGUGGUUGUUUUUUCUGGGGGUACAACAUGUUUGGGGUCUUUUAUACAUGAAAAAUCAGUUAACAAUAAUCUCAGAAAACAUUUUUUACAUCUGAACAAAAUGCCUUUUUGUUUACCUACAGUAUACAAUUGUUUGGGGUUUUUGUUUGUCUGUUUGGAGUUUUUCCCCUCCCUUUAGCCAGAUCAGAAUUGAUGAGGCUGAUCAUUUGGCAUUUUUUUUUUCCUUCCAGAAGAGUUGCAUCAACAAAGUUAAUUGUAUUUAUGUAUGUAAAUAGAUUUUAAGCUUCAUUAUAAAAUAUUGUUAAUACCUGUAAUAACUUUUUUCAAUUUUUUUGUGUGUGUUUCUAAGGACUUUUUCUUAUGUUUGCUAAAUACUGUAGACAAAAAAUGCUUCUUUCUACUUUGUUUAUUUUAGACUUAAAAAUGAGCUACUUUUUAUUCACUUUUGUAAAGAGCUAAUAGCAUGGUUCCAAUUUUUUUUUAAGUUCACUUUUUGUUCUAGGGGAAAUGAAUGUGCAAAAAAAAAAAAUAACUGUUGGUUAUUUGCGCUAUUCUGGAUGUAUAAAAAUCAAUGGAAAAAAAUAAACUUCCAAAUUGAAAUGACAGUAAAACACAUCUAUUGAAAAAGUAACAAUGGGAAUUGCAGUCCUACUUGGACAGGCCCCACCUAGUGUCUAUUUGUGUAGCAGUUACUGGAUCUGUUCACAAAGCAUCCUGGAAAUUUGUGUGUGCUUUCUUUCUCCCUGGUACUGACAUAUUGAAUACUUCCCAAAAGGGAACUGUCAAUCUGGAGGUUUAAACCAGAUACGGUAUGAGAGAACACCCCCCACCCCAAGUCCUCUCCAAGGUGUUUCCAGACAGUGCAGGAGAGCAGGCACUCCAUCGUGUGUGGUCUACUGCUCAGAGUCAGGGUGGCUGCCCCCCCCCUCUGCCGGGAGCUUUCCCAUGCCCAGCCUGUGCAGGGCAGCUGGACUGCUGCUGCCCAGGAGCCACUGGAGCCUUACUUUCUUUGUACCACAGUUUCUUCUGUAAAUCCAACAUUAUCACUAGUGAAUGGCAAAUAAACAGUUUGGCAAGUA